AUGUAUACGAAAGAUAAAAGAGAUACUAAGGUACAAAAAGAGAUAAGUCCAUUGUGGAGGUCCAAAUCCGCAUUCGCUUCCGAUCCGCAAUCGCUUACGCCGAUUAAGACUGAAAGGAUGGAGUUUGAUCCGGACGGGAAGGAGGAGAUUUUGGCGGAAUGGAACGCUUCUGGAGGCUACGACGCUGACCCUGACGAUUACCGCAAUUUGUAG